CAGCUCGCGAGCAGGACGCAUGCGCAUUGACAAGAAACAACCGGUCUUUAAAAAAAUCCUUAUUCCAACGGAUGUAAUCAAGGCAAAGAAUAUCUCUUAUCUCUGGGCAUACAUGGUGAAAUUGGUUUACAGCGAUAUGUCAUCAUGAUAACGAAGUUGUAAAAUUGGAUAUAACUUUACAUGGAAAAGCCCAUGGGAUCAGAGCGGAUGGAGAUGCGAAAGAGGCAGAUGUCGGUGCAGCAGGAGUCGGUGGCAGGGACCACAGCACUGGCGCAGAAUGAGCAGCCCGGCCAAGGGAACCGUGGCUCCAACGCCUGCUGCUUCUGCUGGUGCUGUUGCUGCAGCUGCUCUUGUCUCACUGUUAGGAAUGAAGACAGAGAGGAGAGGAACCGAAGAGCCUCAUAUGAUUUUAAAGCAGAGGGGAAUGCAGACUUCGAGGAGAGUCCGAAACCCACUGUGGAAGAGGUGCACUCAUGGGGGCAAUCCUUCGACAAGCUGAUGCACUGCCCUGCUGGAAGAAGUGCCUUUCGGCAGUUUCUGCGCACUGAGUUCAGUGAGGAAAACAUGCUCUUUUGGUUGGCUUGUGAAGAUUUCAGUAAGGAAACCAAUAAGAGCAUCAUCGAGGAGAAGGCACGGGUUAUAUAUGAAGACUACAUCUCCAUUCUCUCACCCAAAGAGGUGAGCCUUGACUCUAGAGUUCGGGAGGUUAUAAACAGGAACAUGCAGGAGCCAUCAUCCCACACAUUUGAUGAUGCCCAGCUCCAGAUAUACACGCUAAUGCAAAGAGACUCAUAUCCUCGAUUCAUGAACUCCCCAGUCUACAUAAGCCUGCUGAAGACAGUCUCUGAGCAGUCGGUGGAAUCUUAGAUCUCUGUGAUCCUUGUUGAAUGCCCCCUCCAUAUCUUUUGUUUUUUACCUUUCCUUGCGCAGAAUAUGUUUAAAAGGACCUCAGUAUGGGUCCUCCCAGGGAUUUUACUGCUAUAGCGAUCUGUACCUGACAAAAAGACACUCAGGUCUCCAGGUCACUGGAUAAAAAAAAUGUCUCAAAUCUCCUGAGGGCUCCUCACCACAAGUACUGCUACAGAUCACCAUAGCAAGAUGCUCCAAAGGAUAAUAAUCUAUUUUAUUUGUGUUUUAUUUUAUUGUUUCUUAUUCUUUUUUUUUAUUUAUUUUUUUUUAUUAAUGUUUGAAGGACAAUGUGAUACCAAUUGUGUGCUAUAUAUAGUAUAUACAGUAGAUAUAUUUAUGAAUUUGUAUUACAUUUCUUCAACUUUUUUGUCUUGUGUUACAAUAUUUAAAGAAAAGGGAAUUAUGGGUACACAGUAUUACCCGUUUCUGAAUAGUGCGUAUGAGAAUCAAAGCUCAAGUCAAAGCAACACUUCAACUGUACCCAGAGGACAUUCUGUGAUACACUAUUGUUUUAGCUACUUCACUAACAACUCUCUGUUAUAAUGACUUGGCAUCUCCAAUGGAAAAUUAAUACUAUCUGCCAUACCACAAGCAUGGCUUUAGUUUGAAAUCAGUGUUAAAGGCUGAGACUGAAGUAAGGUAAAGAAAAAAAAUAUUUAAAUAAAAAAGGACAAAACAAAGGUAUCAUGGAUAAGAAAGAUCAUGUCACAAAAUCUUUGUCACAAAUGAUGAUUACGGAAUAUUAUCAGACAGUAUAUCUCAAAAGGCACCAGGAAAAUGGUUUCCCCUGAUUUCGUAUUCCACAAGACAAUAUCAAGAAGUAUAUUUCUGUAUUUACAGAAAUAUCGUCCAUCAAUAAGUGUUUUUUUUUUCUGUAUCAUUAUAUUAUUCCCAUGCUGCACCCAGAAUGAGCAGCUAAGAGAUGGUUGAACAUGACUAUUCCUUGCAUGUCCUCAACCCAAAGAUACUUUAAAAACAUUUCUAUAUUUAGCUCUGAAUGGACCCUUAUGAGUAGAUGACACCAAAGUAGCCAAGUCCAGUAAAACUGGGUGAUUAGCUUUUUCCUCCAAUAUAACUGACUAGAAUUGGAGCUGCCAAGUUCUUACUAUAUUUUAAGUUCUGUGAAUUACUUUGUUGCCUGACUUUUGAUGUUGCUCAAAGACAAGAUCCUCACUUGGGGAAGUGCCUUGACAUUCAAUUUUGUGACAUCUCUCUCAUUUUAUAUUUAUUUUUUGGCAAUAGUUGAUUUAAACUCUUGCCACAUACAAAGACUCUCUGGGCCUUUGAUCAAUUCAUGAGAUGACACAGUGACUUCUGAAUUGAACCACUGCACUUCAUUUGCCUCUAGUUUUGAAGAGGAAACAAUCACCAUUGUUUUUUUUUUGAGUGCUGAAGUCACCAUAUUUAAGGAAGCAGGUUUGUUUGUUUAUCAGGUAGAGAUGAGGACAAAUCAUUACGAUUAUUGAUCUGAGGCCAAACGUCUAUCUGCCAACAUGUUUUUCAUGGUGGUGAUUCUACUUGUCUUAGACUAAAUAUGUGCAAUUGAUAUGUGCAAUUUGAGCUGAUGGAUUCACCACAUAGAUCAACCUCAUACACAAUCUAAGCCAAUGGUUUGGAGUUAUACUGCCUAUAAGUGUUUUUUUUUCUUUCACUUUUUGUUGUGGUUCUGUAAAUUAUACAAAAAGUGUUAUUUUCCAAUCAGUUUACAUACAAAUUAUACUAAAUUUUUUAACAUGUUAAUGUUUACAGUAAUCAGAUUAGGUUUUUUUUUCUGUUUUAUUGAACUGAGAAAAAUAAAGAUUUGUGGGCAUUUGGAAUCUUUAAGAUACAAUAAAGCACAAUAAUUUUAAAAUGCAUGAUUGUUUUAAGAGAUUAAACAUUCUGUGAGAUCCCCCUGCCUAUAUGCAUUUUCCUAUAUAGUUUUAGUACUUCUGACAAGCAUGGACGGACUAAGGCCCCAGGGUACCCAGCGUCUUGAUAGGCCCCCUCUUGAAUUUCCAAAUAAAAACUAUUGCAUUGCAAAUAUGAGUCACAAUUGCAAGAUAUAAAGUUGCAAUUAUGAGAAUGAACUCACCAUGUUUGUACUACAUUGCGAAAGAGACAACAAUAUAUCAUGACUAUAAGAUGCAAACUGCUGCAAUGCUAUGCUCUGAAAGCACGUCCUACUGUCUCACAAAAUUUAACUUCUCAAGUAAAUGUAUCUUGUUUUACAUUUUUUACUGUAAAACAUGACAAAAUAAUGAUCUGUGCAAUGUACUUUGUAAAAAAAAAAAAUGAAUUGUGUCCAAUAAUAUAAUUUAUUGCUCUAUUUUGUUAUUGAACAUAUAUUAAUGAUCCAAAUGUUCAACAUAAUCUCAUCAAUAGUAUGCAUUUGGUUGGUUGGUUUGUUUGGUGUCCAUUUAUAGUGGAGUGUAACAAAUGCCACUGACUGCCCACUCCCUCUGCUCUGGAGAGGAUGCACCUGGGAACCUCAAAAAAGAACCCUGCUGGAAGUGUCCUCCCCAUUUUGCUGCGUCUAAAGGUAAAGUUGGUGUGUACAUAAGAACACUCAUCAUGUAAAUAUCUUUUCUUAUUAAAGAGUGGGUUAGCUCCUUUUCAUAACAUUUUAAACUACCGUAAAGAUGCUGAGGUCUUAGGAUGUGAACAGUCGCCUCCUGUUUUCCAUAUGCACAAAAGGACAUCAAGAACAAUCAGCAAUGGGUUGUUUGUUAUUCAAAUUAGGCAUUGCUAAUGCAAGGGGCUUGUUAAGACAUCAAGGCAGUAGUGUAGCAAAACCAUUUGGGACCAAAAAAUAAAUAAAAAUAAACAGCAAUAGAAAUUCACAAAACUCUGGGACAUGACAGCACAAUCAAACCUGGCUUCUCAUUUGGUCAUAAAUGGCAAGUACCACCUACUUUGUAUUGAUUACUGAUGUCAAAAUUAACAUUAAGCAUUUAAUAGUAUUCUUCUGCAUGGAAGUUGUUCAGCUUCUACCAAUUCAAGAACCUCUCCCUACUUUCAGCAUGAACUCCUAAGAAUCUCUCUCUUCUGAGUAGUUCUCAGAAGUUAUUAGUUGCUCAGGAAAUAAUCUUUGAAACGGUUAGUUUGUUAAAAGCUGUAAUUACUGCAGUGUGUAGACAAGCCAAUUUGACUGCCUACAGUAUUGUUUCCAAAGACACAUUUCAUUUUUUAAUACCACACUCCAGUCUCUGUACUUUUACACAUAACACAUACAGUUUACAUGCACCGAAUCACAAGAUAAUGCAAAAUUUCAGCCGUAAUCUAAAACCCUAUCACACACCACUAUAAAAGGUUGUUAAAAUAAAUCUUAUGAAUCCAGGGUUAGGGUGUAAAUCUCAGAUGUUUACUUUUAAGAGUUUUAAAUUAUUUUUUAAAUGGCUAAAGGCAUAUACUGAUAUAAUCACUAGAUCUUACAAAGAAACAUGAGUCCUUGCAAAAGUGAAACUGCAAAAGCUCACAAUAUAAUGCCACCUUGACAAGCUUUAAAUCCACACUGAC